UCUGUUGAUCAAAUCGCGUCCUUGCUUUAAUCUUCAAAUAGUAAACACUCCAACUUUAUAAAAAGAACCACAAUAACUCUACAAAGUUAAGCCCCCCAAAACCUUGGCUUGGUUAUAUAGAUCAUACAAGUUCUUUUGUUCAUAUACCCUCAUGUUCUUGGCAAAAGCUUCCUUUACAAAUAUGGUUUCUUCCAUGAAGAAACUCCUACUUAUUCUCGCCCUUAUCUACUUCUCUUUCUACCAAGACGCGAUCAUCAUAACCAUCGCCGAUUCCACACCUGUUUAUGUACCCAAAGAGAAUAUCGCCCUCAACUGUGGCUCACAGGAGGAGCUAACUGCACAUGAUAACCGUAUUUGGAUUGCGGAUCAUGAAAAAGAUUCUCGAUAUUCCCUCAUAGAAUCAGACGGACGAAACAAAUCGAAUAUCUUCGAAGCCCGCUCACAAUACACCGUCGAAGCGGUGCCGUACAUGACCGCACGUGUGUCUCGAUCCCAGUUCACCUACAGCUUCGGCCUCACCCCGGGUCCCAAAUUCAUCCGGCUACACUUUUAUCCCACACAAUAUCGCGAUCUGGGUGACUUUGAUCCCACAAGCACCUUCUUUACUGUCAAAGCCGGACGCUACACUCUGCUGAAGAACUUCAGCGCGCUCCAGACACUUUACCGGUUGAACGUCGGCGGCAACGACAUCUCGCAUGAUCAAGACACUGGCAUGUACAGGUUGUGGACCCGAGACUUUCCCUACUUCAAGAGCUUGGGCUUUGCCCCCUGUGACACGAAAAAGAAGCUGAAGUACACUUAUAUAGAAAAUUACACUGCCCCUGAUGAUGUCUACCGAACCUCCAUCACCAUGGGAAACAACAGGACAUACAACAACCUCCGCAACAUCACCUGGAGGUUGCCCGUCGACUCCAGAUUCUACUAUCUGGUUAGGCUCCAUUUCUGCGAGUUUGAAGACACAUACCAGAAGCCCGAGGAUAGGAUGUUCCGAAUCUAUCUAGACAACCGCACGGCUGAUCCUGCUUUUAAUGUGAUUGUUUGGACUGGUGGUAAUGGGAUCCCGAUGUAUAAAGACUUUGUGGUGAAUAUUUGGGAUGAUGCUUUUCUCUUUGUUGAUCUGCACACUAGAGCUGAGGAUUCUACCUACGAGGAUGCUAUCUUAAACGGCAUAGAGGUGUUCAAGAUGAGCGAUUCUGAUCGUAACCUCGCGGGACCAAACCCUCCACUACAGGACUCUAAGGGAUCCGACCAAACUCUGAAUCCAAACACAGAAAAUUCCAAGUCGAAGAAAACACUAUUGGCCAUUGCCUUAGGGAGUGGCGUUGCUGGCUUUGUUGUUCUACUGUCUAUGGUGUUCUGUGUAGUUUUCUUGAGGCUACGGAAGGAGAAACGCUACCACGGUUCGUCCAAAAGAAGAUCCAGCAGGUCGACGAAGACUUCCUCGGGGUGGCUUCCUGAGCAGGUUUGCCGUUGUUUCUCGCUUGCCGAGAUCAAGAUGGCGACCAACAACUUUGACCAAGCGUUGGUGAUCGGCAGGGGAGGUUUCGGUUACGUCUACAAAGGUCAUUUGGCCGACGAAGCGUCCACAGUUGUUGCAAUCAAGCGGCUGAACAAGGGGUUAUCGGGCCAAGGAGAGAAAGAGUUCGAAGCGGAGAUUGAGAUGUUAUCUCAGCUCCGCCACGUCCAUUUGGUCUCCCUAAUAGGCUACUGCGACGACGACGAUGAGAUGAUCCUCGUCUACGACUACAUGGCCAACGGGACUCUUCGAGACCAUCUCUAUGGCACGGACAACGACCCUCUCCCGUGGAAACAGCGUGGGCUGCACUACCUCCAUUCAGAAGUGAAGAAUACCGUCAUCCACCGAGACGUUAAGACGACAAACAUAUUGUUGGACGAGAAGUGGGUGGCCAAAGUUGCCGAUUUUGGAUUGUCAAAACUCGGUCGCGGCGACAGCGCUGUUAGUACGGCGGUGAAGGGCACUUUUGGGUACAUGGACCCGGAAUACGCACAGAGCCGGCAACUGACGGACAAGUCCGACGUGUACUCUUUCGGUGUGGUUCUUUUCGAGGUGUUGUGUGCCCGUAAACCGGUGGAUGUCAAACUCGAAGAGGAUCAAAGAAACUUGGCACAAUGGGCAAGGAAGUCCAUAAAAGAAGGGAGGAUUCAGAACAUCAUAGACCCGUACUUGAUAGGCAAGAUUGCGCCGGAGUGUUUCAAGAAGUUCGUGGAGGUGGCGGAGAGGUGCGUCCGAGAUUAUUGGAGUCAACGGCCCACGAUGCAUGAGGUGAUGGAGAACUUGGAGUUUGUGUUGGAGCUGCAAGAACAAGCGGACGCCACGCAGCUGGGGAAUAAUCCCGACGGGCUGUGUUCGUAUCCGGAGAAGCUGUCGUUCCAUCUGGUUGUGGAUAACGGUGGGUUCGGAUACGACGUGUUGGGGUUGCGAAGUGGGGCCGGUGUUACCACCACGGUGGGGUCCAACACCGCCGAAUCGGGCUUUCGUAGUCUGGACAGUGAAAGUGGCACCCUCGAAAUAUUCUCAGACGCCUCUAUUUCCAAAACCCAAGAAUAAUUGAGAGAAGAAAAAGUGUUUGUAGUCCUUGUGUGUGUAUUUUUAAGCUAAAAUCGUAUGUGUACUAGCUACCUGAGAUGCUGAGUGAUGAAUGAGUUUUCUCCUGAAGAAAAUUGUGGAAUAGAUAUUAGUUUUUAAUAGAGGAGUUACCUAACGUUGUAUAUUUUGGCAAUGAUCACAAGUUGUUGAUAGUCCUAGACAAACCACACUGCCAGGUUUGGUGAAAGAGAGGAAAAAAGAGACUGAUAAUGAAGUGUUCUUGCGCCUUCAUGUAUGUAUUUAUUUGCUAAUCGUGUACGUUUGAGAUUUUGAGUGAAUCAGAUUUCUCCUGAAAUUAGAGAGGAAAGUGUGAAUUAGAUUUGUAUCUAAAAU